AUGGAGGACAAUUUCCCCGCUAUUUUGGCCGACGGAUUCGGCUCCCAGGCCAAUCCCGAAUCCAAGAAAGUACACAAGUAUAUUCUUCCCGGUUUUAUGCUUCCGCUUAAGAUAUGGAUUUUGGAGAUGUUCCCCGAGGCAACCCAGUUUUAUAUACACACGCCGACAGAAUUGCCACGGAUGAGGUCGUGGAGAAGUAAAACACCGAUAACUUGGGUUCAAUAUCGCCGAAUAAUCAACGUGUCUUUGCCUAACAACCAAGCUAUUUUUGUCGUGGUUUCCCCGACAGAGUUGAUGUUGUCGUUUUAUGUUUACUACGUGAACUGGACUCUUAACCAUGAAGAGUCUCCCCCACGGCAGCAUACUCCGUUCCAAAAUAGUCCAGAGUCUCCCCUACCGCAACAUAGUCACAUCCGAAAUAGUCCACUUGUUUUUGACUCGCCUCCUCGAAGAAAGACGUACAAGUCGGAAACAUCUUCGACUGAAUCUGUCACAAAUGCUUCUUCCUCGCAACAUGUUCAUAUAGAAAGAAAAUAUAUGUCAACUGACACAUCAACAAGGUUGGUAAAGAAGAAGAAGACGAGCAUAAAGGCAUUAGUGAAGCGUCUACUAAGCGUUGUGGCUGACUUAUCUUCUAAAGUAGAUCAUGUAUUAAAUAAAAAAGAUGAGCCAGACACAGGGUUUGGAGACAAGGAGGAGGAGAUGAUAAAUGAAGAGCAGAAAGAAACAUAUUACCAUGGCACCCCCCACGAACUAUGA